AUGAACAGAAAACAGAGAAAACAACACUUACACUCACACAUUACCCAUUCUCUCUCACACACACACACUUUUCGACACUCUUGUGACUGUCCUUUCUUCUUCCUCAAUUGAUCAACACAUUAUCAGACACGUCCCCUCUCUCUCUCUCUCUGUUCCCAUUCUUGAAGAUUAGUUGUCUGAAUUUGUUCCUCACAUACUCCUUACAGAUCUGCAACUCCCACUUCAUUUGCAACAGGCAUUUGAUACAGAUCCUCCAUUAUUGCCCUCAAGGUGUUCGAUAUUAUUGUUCCUAGUCCUAAUGCUUGCAUAGACACUGAAUCAAGGUGAUUUCCACAGAUUAGCCGACUUUUUUGGUAUAUUAAACUGCGAUUCGACGGACUAAUUCAUGGGUUUUUCAGUGUAAAAAGUUGUACACGGGAGUCUAAGAGGUUGUUCUUGUUGGUGAUGAUGAUGAUGAAGUCACCAAACAGAAGCCAAAGAACAAGAGGCUUGAGAACAAAGUCUGUGUUCCAAGCAUUUCUAUUGAUUGUCCUCUGCAUUUGGCUGCUCUACGAGGUGAAACAUUCGUACAGCGUUAAGAGAGAAGACGUGGAAGGGAAUGAGGAAGCAUCUGAAGUGGCAAUGCUUCAUGGGAUUGAGGUGAGACUCGGGAGGAAGAAUCUUGAUCCCCGAGAAAGUUCGAGAUUGCAAGUGAAAGGACAUGAAUCGGCAGAGGAAGAGGAGAUGGUGAAGCAAGAGGAAGGUGAAGCCGAAGACCCCGAGCAAUCAGUGGAGGAUUUGAUCGAUGAAGACGACGACGGAGAGAAGGGAAACGAGAUUGAGGAUUCGGCUACCGUUGAUUUGGAUGAUCAAGCCGGAGAUGAAGGGGAGAGAAACUUUCCAGAAGCUUGGGAAGAGAACUACAAGAGCACUGAUGGGUCUAGUUCUGCAGAAGAUUAGAAGACACGGAAGCUCAGAUUCGGUUAGGACAUGUUUGAUCAAAACAAGGGAAGUGAUUGACAGUUGAAUGAUAUGUCUCGAGUUAUGUUAUAUUGGCUGCUCGAAGUGAAAAAAGGGGAGAAGUUGUAAAUACAGAGUGUUCAUUUGGAUGUGUUCCUUAUU